CAGCCCAGCCCUGGAAAUAAGGACUCUGCUUCACGGCUUAGAGCUGUCCGCGAAGGAUAAAGGAUACCCCUGGUUAAUCAAAAUCACGCCGGCAUCGUGUAGCCCCUCUACCACGUCUUUGAAACCCUCUCAGCAUCGUCUGGAUCAUAGAAAAAUAACUAUAGCAAGACUCGCUCCAGGGACAUCUGGAUCAAUAGACAAGCAACAAGAAUGUUGCAAAAAUAUAGUCGCUUUGCAAAGUCUUUGCUACGAUUAGUAAUCGGUAGUGUGGGUGUUAGUGAUUAGUCAAAUUAUGUUGUACCUGAACAUUUGAAGGGUAUAAGGACCCUGCGUAAAACCACAUUCAGGUGCCCCAAUUUGGCUGGGAGACUUCACGUAUGCAAGUAACUAUUUACCCUUGUAGUUCUAUACUUUGCGUCCUGGCCUCUCUCCUCAGUCGACACGGGCCAGCUGCGAAUUUUCCACAGCAUGUACCUGAGGAGCAUUGCCCGCGCCCCUUACCUGCUCUGUGCCGGGAUCCGGCGGCACCCGCAGGGGUUAAUCCGGCGGAGGCGAUCUGGAUGGUGCCAUUAUAAAGCCGUGAUCUUUGACGCGAGCGGAGUGCUCCUCCCGUCCCCUUACAAGACAGCCGCGGACUGGGAGGCCCAGAAUUGUAUUCCAGCCGGCACCAUCCAGCAAGCUAUACUCUCUGGAGGGGAAAACAGUCCCUCUCUGAAGUACACAAGAGGAGAGCUGACGACUGUGGAGUUUUUGCAGGAAUUGGGACAGCAGUGCUUUGAGAUCGCAAAUGUCUGUGUUCCAGUGGACUCUUUUCUCUCGGACUUAAUCAGAAAUGAGAUGAUAAAACAGCUCCCCAUAAUGGCAGAAGCAGUACAGUGUAUCCGUGCAGAAGGUCUUAAGACGGCUCUUCUAAGCAACAGCUUCUGUCUGCUGAAUGGAGAGAGCUUUCUGCCCCUAGGCCGGAAGCACUUUGAUGUGAUGGUUGAAUCUUAUCGGGAAGGAAUGCGCAAGCCAGAUCCUUGUAUCUACAAGUUGUGCUUGGAGCGCUUGGGCGUUCAGCCCCAGGAAACCAUCUUCCUCGACAGCAGCACCCAGAACCUAAAAGCAGCAGCCCAGCUUGGCAUUAAAACGGUGAAGGUCGAUGAUCCAGAAGUAGCACUCAAAGAGCUGGAAACCCAUCUGGGUUUUCCUUUGCAAGGGUUUGUUCCAUAUACUCGUUCAGUGAGACCAAGCAUGGAAAUCCCAAAAGAUCAUCUGCAAAAGUACCUUGAAAAUGUUCUCAGUGACCAGGCAACAGGCCCACUAGUGUUACGGCAGUUUGGCCACGGGCAGUCUACCCGGACCUAUUACGUCAAAUUUGGAGAUCGCUUGCUAGUGCUGAAGAAGGAGCCUUCUGACAGCCUGCAUCCCUCAGGCCCUGCUGUCAGAAGGGAACACAGGGUACUGAAGGCACUCUCUGAGGCUGGUGUUCCUGUUCCCACUGUACUUGCUCUCUGCGAGGACAGAAGCACCUUUGGCACACCUUUCUACCUGAUGGAGCACUGUGCUGGCCGUGUCUACAGCGACGUCUCCCUACCUGCGCUGCAGCCUAGCCAGCGGAGGGCUAUUUAUGCUGCCAUGAGUCAAGUCCUCUCCAAGAUCCACAGCAUAGACCUCAGAGCAGCCAAACUGGAGGACCUCGGGGAGCACGGUAAUUACAUUCAGCAGCAAGUUAAGACCUGGACAGAGCAGUAUCGAGCUAUGGAAACUCACGUUAUCCCAGCCAUGGAGAGACUCAUUGAGUGGCUGCCUCUGCAUUUUCCUGAAUCUCAGAAGACGACAGUUGUGCAUGGUGAUUUCAGGAUGGACAACCUGGUCUUUCAUCCAGACAGGCCAGAAGUCCUUGCUGUCCUUGGCUGGAAGCUUUCAACUCUAGGAGAUCCCAUCUCUGAUUUGGCGAAUAACUGUAUGGCCUACUUCCUGCCACCUCACUUUAAUGCAUUGAGAGGCUUGAGGAAGUGUGAUUUGGGGCACCUGGGAGUCCCCACGGCAGAGGAGUAUUCCCAGAUGUACUGUGACCACAUGGGAGUGGAGCACCCCGAGAACUGGAAUUUCUACAUGGCCUUUGCCUUUUUCCGACUGGCUGCAAUGCUGCAGGGACACUACAAAUGCUCUCUGGCAGGGAGGCCAGCCCCAGGUGAAUGCAGCCCAGAGGAUGCAGAGUUUGUGGCCGACCUGGCUUGGGAGUUUGCCAUAAAAGAAGGAUUCCGUGUGUUUGACAGCCUCCCCACCACAAAGCCUCUCGCACGACGUUACAGCACCUGGGCCAGGCGAGGGCCAAUCCUCAGCAGGAGCUAUGGUACCUGGCCACGUCCUGGGGCAGCUCCUGUACCCAAAGUCCCCCUGCUCACUCCCCCCACCAGCCUCUUGGGGAUGGCCCAGAGUUUUUGCUGCAAGCUGGAAAGGAUCGUGGAUGUCCAGUGGAGUUUUCUGAUUUGCCAGCCCAGAUGGACUCCACGUCCUCUUCUAGAACUGAAGGCAGAGAGUGCCAGGACCAAAGCAGUGGCUCUGACGAUGACUGUAUGGGCCAUGGAUCACGAUAGCCAGGUCUCUGGAGCAGAGCAUCUCAGCAGUGCAGACCCCAGCCUGGUGCUUCACUCAGACCUGAGCUCCAUGUCUGGCUGAAGAUCCCGCACGGUUCACAGGACAGCGCUCUCCAAACCAGAGCUGAGCCACUAGCUGCAGCACUGGGGAGCUUUGGACAUGAGACUAAAUUAGCCACUCUGGCAUAGGAGAGGUCAUGCUAACAGCAGCCUGGGAGCUUCUGAAUUUCAGUGGUGUUUGCUGAUAUCUCAUCUCUGGGCUCCGUGCAUUUAUUGCCAGGCUCAAUAGGUAUGGGGCGAAUCCAUCCCUGGAUCACGGGGCUGCAGGCAGUCAAUACCAGCCUUGCAGGGGCGACAGCUGGUCAGGAACGACCAGGUGGGGGUGCAAGACUUGGUUUUGGGAAUAAAGAGGAUGGAGCAGGGUGUCUCUCCUCCUUCAGCACAACACCUCCAGCUACCUGCAGACUCUAGAAGGACUCCAGUCAGUAGUGGGGGGAACUGAAUCAGGUCCUUGAGGACUCCUGGCUUCAGGGGAGACUCCAGAGCUGAGGCAGUGCCUGGCCCCUGGAGCUGGGAGGAACUGGGAGGACUCCACAGUCCCAUGACUGCAGUGGAUCUCUCUGGGUUUCUUUGGGGAUCAGGGAGGAUGCGGACUGGAUCAAUGGGGGCUUUCAGUGCUCCACAGAGACCAGCAGCAAGGAGAGAACUAUGGGAACAAUUGCAGUAAUUCCUGGGCUCUUUAUGCAUAGUCUAGUAUUAAUUCAAUAUUAAAGUGAUGGGCACAC